ACAUGUCCUUGUGCUGAGCACAUUUCACCCAGAUUUCCACCUGCACAAGGACUGUACACAUCCCCAUCACACACCAGGUACUGAACAUGUGGGACCUCAUACAAAACACAAUCUGGCUGAUGACCACCACAGCACACAGCUCUGUAUGGGGACCACCACAGCACAAAGCUCUGUAUGGGGACCACCACAGCACAAAGCUCUGUAUGGGGACCACCUCACACACAAAGCUCUGUAUGGGGACCACCACAGCACAAAGCUCUGUAUGGGGACCACCUCACCACAAAGCUCUGUAUGGGGACCGCCACAGCACAAAGCUCUGUAUGGGGACCGCCCACACCACAAAGCUCUGUAUGGGGACCACCUCACCACAAAGCUCUGUAUGGGGACCACCUCACCACAAA